UCACUGAGCUGCGCCGCGCUCUGUUUGACGUAUCUGAGACCCGCCUUCCGGAAGGAGGCCCCAGCGGCUGACCAUGGCGACCGCCGCGGAGCAGUGGGUACUGGUGGAGAUGGUCCAGGCGCUCUACGAGGCUCCUGCUUACCAUCUUAUUUUGGAAGGAAUUCUAAUUCUCUGGAUAAUCAGACUUCUCUUCUCUAAAACUUACAAGUUACAAGAACGAUCUGAUCUUACAGUCAAGGAAAAGGAGGAGCUGAUUGAAGAGUGGCAGCCGGAACCUCUCGUCCCUCCCGUCUCCGGAGACCAUCCUGCUCUCAACUACAACGUCGUUUCGGGCCCUCCGAGCCACAACAUUGUGGUGAAUGGAAAAAAAUGUGUAAACUUCGCCUCGUUUAAUUUUCUUGGAUUACUGGAUGACCCUCGGGUCAAGGCAGCGGCUUUGGUGUCCUUGAGGAAGUACGGCGUGGGGACCUGCGGGCCUAGAGGGUUUUACGGCACAUUCGAUGUGCACUUGGACCUGGAAGACCGCCUGGCGAAGUUUAUGCAGACGGAAGAAGCCAUUAUCUACUCGUACGGAUUUGCCACCAUUGCCAGUGCUAUUCCUGCGUACUCCAAGAGAGGGGACAUUGUGUUUGUGGACAGAGCCGCGUGCUUUGCUAUUCAGAAAGGAUUACAGGCGUCACGUAGUGACAUUCAGUUGUUUAAGCAUAACGACAUGGCCGACCUGGAGCGACUACUGAAAGAACAAGAGAUCGAAGAUCAAAAGAAUCCUCGCAAGGCUCGGGUCACACGACGUUUCAUCGUGGUGGAGGGGCUGUACAUGAACACGGGAACUAUCUGUCCUCUCCCGGAGCUGGUGAAGUUAAAGUACAAAUACAAAGCAAGAAUCUUUCUGGAGGAAAGCCUCUCGUUUGGAGUCCUGGGAGAACAUGGUCGAGGAGUCACUGAACAUUUUGGAAUCAGCAUUGAUGAUAUUGACCUUAUCAGUGCCAACAUGGAGAAUUCUCUCGCUUCUAUUGGAGGUUUCUGCUGUGGCAGAUCUUUUGUAAUUGACCAUCAGCGACUCUCCGGCCAGGGGUACUGCUUUUCAGCCUCGCUGCCCCCGUUGUUGGCUGCCGCUGCGAUCGAGGCUCUCAACAUCAUGGAGGAGAACCCAGGUAUUUUUUCAGUGUUGAGGGAAAAGUGCAAACGAAUCCAUAAAGCUCUACAAGGCAUUUCUGGGCUAAAAGUGGUGGGGGAGUCAUUUUCUCCCGCAUUUCACCUGCAGCUACGAGAGAGCACUGGGUCUCGAGAAGAAGAUGUUAAACUUCUUCAGGAGAUUGUGAAUCACUGCAUGGACAGGAGCAUCGCAUUAACUCAGGCACGCUACCUGGAGAAAGAGGAGAAGUGCCUCCCUCCGCCGAGCAUCAGGGUCGUGGUCACAGUGGAACAGACAGACGAAGAACUGGAGAGAGCCGCACGCACAAUCAAGGAGGUGGCCCAGGCCGUGCUGCUGUAGGCGGGUCCCAGGGCCAGGUGGGCAGUCGCCGUGCGGCACACGCAGGCCUCCCAUUUGCCGCCGAGCAACCUGGAAGAGGCCUGCGGGUACCUGGCAGGGUGGCCACCGACCGAUCACGUGGGUGUGGACUCGGCGGACCGCCACGAGGAGGAUGCUGGUUAUUUAAACACACACACGCACACGCACACACACCUAAAAGCCCAGGAACUGGUUUUUUAAGAAGAAAACUAAUGACAGCAUAUAACCGAUAUUUAAAUUGUGCGGUUUAGUACUAUUCAAAUGUUUUAUGAUACUAGUAUUUUAUAUUCUUUCGUUGUUGCCGUUUAAAAAUGGAGCUUCAGUUUAUCUUUUCUCCCUCUAAUAGUAAUUGUGCGAGCACUCCUAACGUUUCCUAGCAAAGCAUCUCUGCAGCAUUAAAGCUUAGAGGAGCACUUCACCGUCUGGGACACAAAACGUAUCUGUGAGGAUCUAAUUCAACCACGUCUUACGCAGUCUCCAUCCUGUGAAGCCCAGCGGUGGCUAAUGUGUGAGGAAGCACUCUUUGUGCUGUUGCGACAAACUUUUCAUUAUAUUUGAAUCCUAGAGUUUUUAUAUGCAUUUCUAACAGCUUACCUUAGCAUCCCUAACUGGAGAAUGACUACUCAUUGUAUUUCCUAAGUGAGCAAUAAUUUAAAUCAAAUACUAUUUUAGUUUAAUAUAAUUGACCUUCACAGUUAUUGUGUGUUGACUUCUAAUCUGUUUUAGGAAGAGGGUUACUGUGACGAUCCCAGAAUAGAAAUCAUGUCCUUGAUAUUUUAGAAUAUCUUGAAUGUAUUCCUUUUUUGUAGAGUGGGUUAAGGACAUAUAACUACUGUCUUUUUCUAAGCGAAGGAAAAUUAUUUUUAUUUUCAGCUUAUGAAUUCCAAAUAUCUAAAAAUGUGAAUGCACUAAAAAUAAAAUUUUUAAGCUGGACUUUAGCUAUCUGUUUUUUCUUGUGCCGUGUGCCACAAGGUAGUGUGUAAAUAUUACACCGUUGUUUCUUCUCUUAGUAAAGGUAAAGGAGUAAAAUUGUUAAAAAAAAAAAAAAAGUAAUAAUGCCAUUUUUAUAAUAUGUGUUCAUAUUAACAAAUGGUCUUCAACAUCUUUUUAAAUAACAUAUUUUUUAAUGUUUAGUUUCUAUUUUGCUUGAGGUAUUUCGUACAUAUGUGCCUUGUGAUCGCUGCUGCUUUAAAGGAUACAGUACUGUCUUUGGGGGAUGUAUCUUUUCGUUAUAUUUUUUAAUGAAAUAAACCUACAUUCCUGA